AUGCUUCGUCUCCCGUCUCCGAUCCCCCCCGCGCGCGCGACGACGCGGCACGCGACGCCAGAGUCGUCUGCACCACCCGCGGGUUCACGGUUUUCAACCGCAAAGAAUUCUCCUCUUCGACGCUCCGUGCGCGUCGACGCGAAGAAGAGCAAGAAAGACGUCCAGAUGUCCGAAGCCGCGUGGUUCUUGGAUCAGUUCAAGUACCAACAGCGAUACAAGGCGCAGACGAACGUGUUCACGAUGCCGACGAAGGAGCUCCCGGGCGGGGACAAGCUCACGGCUGAGGGCGCGUUCGUCGGCGGAUUGUUCGGCGUGUUGGCGAUUUGGGGGGUGUCGCUGAUUUUCAAGCUCCUGAGCGUGACGUGGGCGCUGGUGUUGGCGUCGCUGAAGUACGGCGCGAUCGCGGGGGUGCUGGUGUUCCUCGGCGUGUUGGUGAGCUAG